AUGCCGCGGCGGCGUGCUGCUUUCCGGCAGGACGAACUCUCGCACGGUUGUUCCGCGGGGAGGGGUCUAGGCGCGGGAGAAGGACGGGUUGAGGUUCUAAGAGGGCGGCGCCGGCGGCGGGAGUCGAUCUGGAAGUUCCCAUUUUUAUUCUGGAAGAGGCUGAGCUUGGAUCUUCUUAGAUUGAAGCUAUCAAAGGAAGCUUUAACCAACCACCAGGUUACCUCCUAUUCUUCUGCUGACUCAACUUUUCCUGCCAAAGUGGAUCAUUCCCACCAUAAAGGGACAAGCCAUAUGGCUUACAACAGUACAACAGUACCUUCUCACCAUCACCCAACCACUUCAGCCUCCCACUCCCAUGGCGAGGGAAUGCACAACAUGAUGAUGCAUAUGACCUUCUACUUCGGCUUCAAGAAUGUGGAGCUAUUGUUUUCUGGUUUGGUCAUCAAUACAGCUGGAGAAAUGGCUGGAGCUUUCGUGGCAGUGUUUUUACUAGCAAUGUUCUAUGAAGGACUCAAGAUAGCCCGAGAGAGCCUGCUGCGCAAGUCACAAGUCAGCAUCCGCUACAAUUCCAUGCCCGUCCCAGGACCAAAUGGAACCAUCCUUAUGGAGACACACAAAACUGUUGGGCAACAGAUGCUGAGCUUUCCUCACCUCCUGCAGACAGUGCUGCAUAUCAUCCAGGUGGUCAUCAGCUACUUCCUCAUGCUCAUCUUCAUGACCUACAACGGGUACCUCUGCAUUGCCGUAGCAGCCGGGGCUGGCACAGGAUACUUCCUGUUCAGCUGGAAGAAAGCAGUGGUGGUGGACAUCACAGAGCACUGCCAUUAACGUUCAACUCCAUGGUGUGGCCUUGUCGAUUGCAGUGGGAAGCAGGAAGCAGUUCAAGACUGAAAGACAGGAUUCCUACUCCAAUCUUCCCUUCUUGCUCUGUAGCUCCCUACACACACACACACACACACACACACACACACACACACCCCUCCUCCUGCUCAGCAGAGGUUUAGCCUACAGUCUGUGAUCUAAAGUGAUAACCUCCCUUUUUUUUUCUAAAGAGAUGAGAGUCCCUCAGAAGAUGUCCUCUCCCCCCUGCUCAUCCUAGAUCCAAAUUCUAUGUUCUUGUCCAAGCCAGAUAGCUUUUUGUUCAAUGACUUGAUCACCUGCUUCCUUUAUUAGUCUUCUGUUUUUACUUGGUUAACAGACAGUAUGUGAAUUUGGUGGGUUUUUCUUGGGUUGGUGAUGGAAAGAGAGUCACUUUAGCUAGGAUAAUGGCAGCUGAAGGAAGUUCUUGCCCACCUAAACCCAGAACCCAAACUUGACAUUAAAGAGUGAGUUCCAGUCUUUGGAUUCAAGGAGUGUGAAAUACGUGGUGCCUUUCGGUGUGAUGUAUGACACUGAAAUCUUCAUGGUUUUUAGAAGGGUGGUUUGAGACUAACUAUGGGCCUGGAGCUUGGGGAGGUGUGCAUUCUUGGGUGGCUGACUCAUCAAUUUGUGUUCCUACUUAACAUUCUGAUCAGAAUGAACUUGUCAAUCAAAGAAAAAAAAGAUGACAAUCAAUUUAAGAAAAUAGAAAUAGAUAUUUUCAAAUAAAACCAUUGAUAUUUUACUUUUGGUACCUUGCAUUGUCACAGGUGAAUGAAGCAAAAGAGUGUGAAUCGUUUUUGUUGUUGUUUUCAUGUGGCCUCUAAACCAGUGGUUUUCAAACUUUAGCCUGCAUCAGAAUCACCUGGAGAGGGCUUGUUAAAACUAGUGUUAGAACACUAGUUUCUGAACCUCAACCCAGACCCCCCAAAUUGACAUUUCUAACAAGUUCCCAGGUGAUGUUCCUGCUGAUGGUCAGGGGACCACACUUUGAGAAUCUCUCCUUUAAACUAAGGAAGUAUCACCUGGUGGGGUGAGCUACCUGAUAUUGGGCACAGGAAUUUGAAUUGACGAUUGGUAGGUGGUAUGUCUAAGCUUAACUCGUGUACUAAAUGCUGCUGGUCAAUACUUAAUCAUUCCACAGUGUAUUCAGCUCUAGCUGUGUGUAUGCGUGCCCAGGGGCUGUAGCCAAAGUAACUUUUAUCAGUAUGUAUAAAAUCACUAGUCUUUAUUUUUAAAGACCUGUAGUUUCUUAGAAGUACCUUGAAGAUUGAGAAGGACCUUUGAUCUGCAGUGUAAGAUCAGCCAGUCAUGGGUCAGAAGGGCAAAAGCCCAACCCUCUCUUUGGAGAGGUUUAGGGUAUGGUUUGCUGCUGAUAACCAGAUUUUCCACCACCCUCAACAUCCAUGUCCACACCAAGCAGAUCCUCAUCCUCUACAUGACUGUCUUUGUUUUCUUGGGGGUUUCGAGGGAUCACAUGUGGCCAAAACCUCUUUUCUCCGUGAAGAAUCACAUUGAAUUUUUAAUGCUUGUUCGGUUCUUAGUUUACAGUACAAUCUUGCCCCAAGUCCAGACUACCUGUGUGAAGUGUCUCUUCCUGUGCUAGUCUGUUAAAUCCUGCCCUCCUCGGUGCUAGACUCCAAUCAUGCCUCAGGGCAGAGGAGACAAAACACUGUUCUAUUCUGUUGGCCUCUGUUGUGGUUUUGAAGUUUGUACUUUCUCUGUGGAUGCCAGUUAAAUAUUGGAGAGCAAGGAAUGUGUACUUCUGUGGCUUUAAACCAAGAGAAGGUUACGAGCUUACUGGAUCGAGGGUUAAAUCUAAGAACCGACGUGUAGAGUUUUGUGCUUUUCUCUCAUUCCAACCCCUUGGAGUACUGAUACUUAUCAUGAUUGGAGUGAAUGACAGUUAGUGACAGAGUCCAAUAUGAAGGUGUAAAUAGCCUAUUAUUAUCUCAGAAGCCAAGGAAUAAUAAAACCAUGAGAAAUAAGACUCAAUGUUUAAUAGUGACCCUGGUGCUCUCUAGAAAUCUUGGCAUGAGCUGCUAUAAAAUACCCUUUCAGAAAUAGGACCUUAUCAGUAAGGUAAGAAUAAUCAAGGCCAGUUAAGACAAAGUGCUGUGAAUUUGAAACUCUACAGAGAAACAUCAGUUUGGGAUAGGUGUCUAGGUAUUCAAGGUAGAGUGUCAUGAAAAACCUGAAUUCCAGCAGUUCUUAGAUUAGGUUGCCAAAGGAAGAAGCUAGUGAAGGAGAAAAAUUUUAAAGCUUAAAUUCCAUCUUUCUUGAGCUCUUGGAUUGUGAUAAUAUAAUGAUCUCAUUGACUUUCAUUUCUGUAUCCCUACUGAUUUGGGAUUUAGUGUCUGACUUCUUUGUUCUUUUGAAUCCAAAUUUCUCUUGUCCUCCUUCCUUGUUCACACCUCUUAGAAGUCUGUAUCCUCGUUUCUUUGGCCCCUUAUCCACUUUCCUUUCCCUUUCAGUCUUUAAUCCCAUGUAUGUACUUUAUGAAAUCCCCCUAACCCUCCUGAUGCAGUGGACAUUGCAGUGGAUAUAGAUACCAGCCAGAAGUUGUAAAACUUGGUAGAGACCUGAUGCAUGCUUUGAGGAGAAACUGUCUUGCUGCAAUUAUUAUAAGGCUGAGUAAAGGGCUACCUACUAUUACCAUCCACAGAGUUACAGAAUCUUAGGUGCUGUCUCUGUUGGAGGAACACUCAGCCCCUUGUUGCCCACAAACAGGGAACCCUCUGUGUCUACCAGGGAAUUAGAAAUUAAGGUUUCUUCACUACUUCUAUGGUAGAGCUGUCUGGAACUCUGUUUCAGACUGUGAGGCUCUGGGCUUGGGCUCUAGCCACAAAGGGUUUCUUUUAAGGAGCUGGAAGGGAAGGAGGCAGGGGUUACAUGUUCAUGUCAUUUAAUUUUGAUCCUGCUCUCUCCAGCUGCUUCUUUCCGAAGAUAAAUCUAAAGAUACAAAGUCUGCAUUUGAUAUAAUGCCUUAAUCACUGAGUCUACAAUUAAUGUUGACCGUUUUAGAUUGUAAGCUCCUGGAGAGCAGUAUUGCUGUAGUAGGAAUGUUUUAACAGUGUCAUAUGUAAAGGAACAAAAUAAAUAUUUUGAUUUUGUGAUUCUA